AUGUUAAAUUCAACAAAUAAUAAGGAAAAGAAAGAGGCAUUUAUGGACCUUGACAAUAUUGAUCUUAGUGAAUACAACCAUGUAAUAAAUAAUUCCUACAGCUCGGACGAGGAUGAUGAUGAGGAGGUUUCAUCUUCCUGUGAUAGUAAUAACGAUAACAUAAAUGAUAAUAAUAAUAAUAAUGAUAAAAUAAAUGAUAAUAAUAAAGAUAAUAUAAUUGAUAAUAAUAAAGAUAAUAUAAUUGAUAAUCAUAAAGAUAAUAUAAUUGAUAAUCAUAAAGAUAAUAUAAUUGAUAAUCAUAAAGAUAAUAUUAUUGAUAAUCAUAAAGAUAAUAUAAAUGAUAAUGGUAAUAAUAACAAUGAUAAUAGUAAUAGUAAUGAUGAUAUUGUUGGGGCACGAACGAAUAAUGAUAGCACUAAAAAUAAAGCGGAUAUAACUUCGGACAGUGUAUGUAUAACUGUAAAGGGUAGUGAUAAAACGUUUAAUUCAAAUGGCAAUGAAUGUGAAGAAAAAAGCAAAAACAAGGUGGACAUCAUCGGUGGUAGUAACAACUAUGGUAGUAAGGAUCCUUAUGAUGAAAAGAAGUCUACAGAAGAAGUGCAUAGUAAUGGGGUAAACAUCAAUGAUGAUAAUAAUAAUAUUAAUAAUAGUAGUUGUAGUGGUAAUAAGAACAACAUCAACAGUAACAGUAAUAAUAAAAACAGUAACAAUGACAGUAAUAAAAAAAAUAGCAAUUGUAAUUAUACAAGUAAUAGCCGCAAGAUGAGUGCCAAUAGUUCGUAUGCGUACGCCAGAAUAAAGACGAAUGACUGCAAUAACAGUUUAUAUAAAUGUAAGAUUGAAAAGAAUAUAACUAUAAAAAAACUGAAAAAAAGUUUGAACAAAUUGUUAAAUAAUGAAGACGAAUAUAGAAUAAUAUACAGGGGAAGAUUAUUAAAAGAUGUGGAAACAUUGUCAAAAUAUGAUAUAAAAUUUAAUGAUAUUUUAUAUGCAAUUAAAUUGAAUAGGAAGAGGAGUGGAAAUGAUGCUGUGUUAGAUUCAGGAAUAACAAGUUCACAACUAAGUACUAUAGGAGAUGAAUAUAAUGAUGUAGGAAAGUUAUCACAAAAUGAUAAUAUAUCUAAAUUAAUUUCAUCUAUGUUUGAUAAUAGUGAUUUUCUUAAAUCUAUCAUGGAUUCAAAUAAACAAUUACAGAAGUUAAGAGAAAAGAAUUCUGAUUUACAUCAUAUGCUAAAUGAUUCCCAAGCUUUAAAACAAUCUUUUGAAAUGAUUAAAAAUCCUUCAUUAAUGAAAGAAUUAAUGAGAAAUACGGAUAGAGCUAUAAGUAAUAUUGAAGCUAUACCUGGUGGUUUUAACACUUUAAGAAGGAUGUAUCAUAAUAUACAGGAACCUAUGUAUGCAGCUAAUGAUAUAUCAAAUGAAAACAAAAAGAAUAAAGUUAAGCAUUAUGAUUUAAACUCUUCGUCUCCUCCAACUAGUGAAGCUUUUCCUAAUCCGUGGGCAUCUAAAGAUAAUAAUUCAAAAAAUGGCAGAAAUAGUUCAAAUGAUUUAAACAAAUAUCUUUUCAUGAAUAAUAGUCUUUUCAACAAUACCAGCGAUAUUUUUAAAGCAAAUAAGAAGAGUAACAGUAAUGCUAAUAAGGAUGCUGAUAGUAAUGGUGGAGAAAGAGUUAGCUGGAACAGUAAUAAUAAUGGGAUUAAUGGGAUUAGCAAUACGAAUGGGAAUAAAGACAUUAAUGGGAAUAACAGUAUGAAUGGUAUUAACAAUCUGUUAAAGUCGAAUAUUUUUGACAUGCUCCAGAAAUAUCAAAACCCACUAAUUAACAAAGCAGAUAAUACAAAAAUUGAGAAAAAAUCCUUUACUACUACUGAUAAUAAAGCAGUGGAUAGCAAAAAUUUGGAAAAUAGUAAAAAUUACCUGAACAUGUUCAGCAAUGGCCUCCCUAACAGUGGACUUCCGAACAGUGGGUUGCUGAACAAUGGGUUGCUGAACAAUGGGUUGCUUAACAGUGGGCUGCUGAACAGUGCACGACUUAACAAUGGGUUGACGAACGGAGGUCCACCGAACUACGAUCAGUUUAAUAACAACCUGUUUAACAACAUAGUAGACCAAAAUAGGAGAAAUGAAAAUGCCGGUGUAACGAAUAUGUUAAAUCAAAUAAUUUUAAAUUUAAGUAAAAAUAUGAAUGUAAAUAAUUCGGGAUCUAAUAUGAACACAUCCAGUGAUAUGUUGAACGGCAUGAGUAUGUUAAACUCUAUGAGCAAUAUUAUGAAUCCUCUUUAUAACGAUAAUAUUAAUAAUAAUAAUAAUAAGGCUGAAAAUACUGGUAGUAAUGAUAGCAGCAAGACGCACAUUAAUACUGACCCAAGCUCAGAUGUUCAAGGUGUUAACAAUUGUGUAGAAUUAAUGCGUAACAGGAAAAAUGCGAACGAAUAUUUAGAUAGUAAUAUAACUAGUGAUAAUUAUAAGAAUUGUCAGAAUAAGGAAACGUUAGAAAAAGGAAAUUGUUUUAAUUUACUAACACACAAUAUUAAUAAGGAUACAAAUAGCAUUUAUAGUAACUCGAUUUUAGAGAAAAACCGGUGUGAUAAUACUAAUAAUAAAAACUCGUCUCCUCUAAAUAUAUCUACAAACAAUCAAGUUAAUAACUUAAAUAUGGUAGACGACCCAGACUCCACAAAAUUAUCAAUGCCCAUUAGUAUCACUACUGCUACGGGUUCAGCUAACACAACUUCUACUACUACUUCUACCACUGCUGCAACUAACACUGCUACUAAUAACAAUAAUAAUAAUAAUAACAUUAGCACCAGUAGUAGCAGUAGUGGCAUCGCACAGGAGCAGCUCUAUUUUCAAAAAUUAUAUGAGGAACAGAUAAACUCGUUAAAAGUAAUGGGAUUUACAGAUACACAAAAAUGUUUGAAGGCCCUAGUUGAUGCCAAAGGAAAUAUAGAUAGUGCGAUCGAUAUAUUAGUAAAUGAGACCAACGAAAAUGAAAAUUAA